AAUGUAGAAUAACAGCUGAUCAUUGUUUAUUUUUUACUGAUUUGAAUAAUGCAAUUGUUCAGAACGUUGGUGUUUUUUCAGAACGUAAAACUCUAGAUAUAAACCAUACGGUAAUAAAGUAAGCUCGUGUUAAAACAGGCAGAAUGGAUUCGAAAAAACUAUCAUUUUCCAAAGAAAUGCGUUUAGCAACAAGAGACAUUCAUAGUGUGAGCGAUGGGUUGGUUAACGCAAAACUGGCAUUUGCUCUUUAUGACAACGCAGUAUGGGCGGAGGGUCUAAUCAUAUUCUACGAAAUUUUUAAAUUUCUUGAGCAACACGUUGCCAACGAUUUUCUACCAGAUGAGUUUCAUCGGACGCAGCAGUUCGAGCAGGACCUUAACACUUAUUUGGGAAGCGAUUGGCGAAAUAGUUACCAUCCACGCAAGGAGGUCCUGGAUUACAUAAAACAUUUGGAGGAGCUAGAACGGCAAAAUCCCAAUCUUUUGGUUGCUUAUGUCUAUCAUCUUUAUAUGGGAUUGUUGUCGGGCGGACAAAUUCUUCAGAAAAGGAAAAAUAUGUCAAAAAAGUUCAACUUUUUCGCCAGCAAAACGACUAGUACGGAAGGAGCGGCAAUCACCACGUUCGAGGAUAAUAGCAUUUAUGAGUUAAAGCAGAAAAUGCGAAAAAUUGUUGAUGAUUUUGGUGAUCGCUUGGAUGAGGAUACUCGCCAACAACUGGUGGCUGAAAGUAGGAAGGUUUUUGAGUUGAACAACUGCGUCAUUCGAACGGUUAGUGGCGUCAAUAAGGCAAAUGUAAGAGUACUGAUGUAUGUCGGUAUUGUUAUCAUUGGAAUUGCUGCAGUAAGAAUGAUUUGGUAGAAAGAGUUCAAACGCGCAUUAGACGAGAACGUUUUUGAUAUUCAUAUCUAUAUAAUUUUUUCUGUUGAAAAGUAGAUUUUAAUCUUGUAUAGUAUAGGUUUUAUUGAAACUAAUUGUAAGUUUUAUUUGAAUUAAUAUAGAUGGUAAUUAAUUUUAAUUUGAAUUAAUAUAGAUGGUACGCAUAUAUUGCGAUAAGGAUUUUCUUUCCCAAGGAAAUAAAUUCAUGUAAAAAUAACUACAAUCUCGUCGAUGCAGAAA